UUUUCUGGUGCAGAUGCACAGGCUACAGAUAUCUCCUUAGAAAAUGUACCGACCAGGGUCACCAGUAUGGAGGCCAGGUUCACCUGGCUAUGACUCUGACUGUGACUCUGACUCACAGAACAAGAAACCUCACUGGGCUCUUGGCUGCAAAAUCUUCAAACUGUGCCAAGGACACUGGUGCUUCAUCCCCCCAGGAGCCUGGAGAUGUCUGUUAGCAACUGACCAUCUCAUUGGGGGACCUCCUCGCCAUGCGUCCUGUUCCAUUGCCAUAGGGAGAUGGACCAUCAACCCAAGAUGGUGUUUAUAUCCAACUUCAGUUCCGUUUCCAGGGCUCUGCUCAAAUAUCUGGCUCUGGAGGUGCACUACAGGGAUUCUUGCUGUUGUUAUAGUUGUGAUCUUGUGUAUUCACCUUGCAGUAAAUAGCUCACCAGGGAAAGGUUCUUCAGGCUCUCCUCCUCCAGAACCAUGCCCUGCCGACUGGCUGUACCACCAAAGGAAAUGUUACUACUUAUCUGAGACAGAAAAGGACUGGGACUCCAGUCAGAGCUUUUGUUCCUCACACAACAGCUCCCUAACCGUAAUUGAAAACCAGCAGGAACUGAACUUUAUAAUGAAAAUAACAAAGCAAGAUCCGUGGAUUGGACUUCACAAGACAGGAGAAGAAUUCCAUUGGGUAAACAGGACUCCAUUGGAUAGAAAUCUGUUGGCAGUAAAGGGUUCUGGAGAAUGUGCCUAUAUUGAAUCAGAUGGGGUCUCCAGUUCUGGAUGCUCAUUAACCAGGGGUUGGGUCUGUAAAAAAACCUCUUAGCACUCACUCAGCCAAUUAAUGUAAGACCCAGGGUUCAAUUGUCACAGUUCAGGGCAACUGCACCUGUACUUCCCCUCAGUGACCCAGCAAGGGCACCUAGUCUCAGGCUUGCUGCAUCUCUCUCCCUUCUGACUGGGGUAUUUCCAAGGCUGCACAGUUCCCUGCCUUUACUGUGUUGUUCCCAGCACAGACAGGUUGCCCGAGGACACCUGCUUGCUUUCUCCUCUGAGACAGUUAGCAGGUGUAAUUGCUACAGUUACAAGAUACCACACAGCACUUCCUAUGACAGCUCACUUUAUUCUUACAGUAAAAAUCAUUACAGAGAAAGCAUUAAAACAAUAAAAGACACUACACACAUGCUACUAAGCUUCCCAGAGUUCACCCUAACAUGGAUUCUGACAGGAGCAGUUCUUCCAUCCCCCUACCCAACGGAUUUGGUUACAAGUUCAUCACAGCUUCAGCUCAGAACAAGCUCACUAGGGCCAGUCCUUCCAACCCUACCAGAGGUCCUGUCUGUUUUCUGGAUCAGGAAGAAGGCCCUGAAGCUGGUUGAAAAUCAGGCUAUUUAUCCAAAAAUCUUUUUUGUCUGUUGGUCCCUGGAGAGUCCAGUUUGAACUAGUGGAGGUUCAAACUAGUGAUGGUGUCUCUCUGGAGAUAUUACAACCUGAGUGAAUGUGCCUAAUUACCAGCUGCUGUUCUCUUAUUUAUCCUUCCAUGGAAACGCAUACAAUUCCACAGUAAUACAGACACAGUUACAUCUUAAUACAGUGGACCCCAAAGGUAUUCACCUAUUUCAAUAAGGUCUAGCUUAGUUCAAUAAAGUUCCUUCAGGAUAUUGCAGGAACUUGUCAGUCUGUUAUAUCAACAACAUCUUGAAAGCUAUAAAUGCAAUGUAGCCUCAGUACAUUUACAUACAUUUCAAAGCACUAACAACUGUAGAUUAGCAAAAUUUCUU